AUUAAAUUUCGAGCUCCAUCGGACUCUUGGCGAACACAAUUUGCAAUUAUUCUUUCACUUAUUGAUGAUAGUGAUGAUCGAAUCAUUCAUUCAUUUGAGCAAAUCACGUACUUAUCAUGGAAGAAUUGUUACACAAAAUUUCAAAUUUAUCUUCUUUAUUCUACUCGAUCAAAACAUUUAACUACAAACUAUUCAAUACACAUUGACAUUUAUGACAUAAAAAAAUUAACUCAUCGGGGAAGUUUAUUAUUACCGAUUCUUUUCCCAUUUUUACCUGUUCAUCGUCUUGCAUUCAUUGUUAAUAUUCCUCGAACUAUUAAUACUGAAAAUCAAAUUUGUGCAAAACAAUCAUGUAUUCAUGGGGAAUGUGUCAAAUAUGCAAAUAUUCCAGAGAAAUCUUUUUGUCGAUGUCACGAAAGAUGGUCUGGACGAUAUUGUAAUAUACAGCAUACCUGUAUGUGUUCGUUUGGUUCAUUAUGUAUUGGAAUUACAGCUAAUAAUCAAUCAAUAUGUGUUUGCCCAUUAAAUAAAUUUGGUCCUCGAUGUCUUCUUACCGAUACAAUAUGUCAAAUUAAUCUUGAAAAUAAAUGUCAAAAUGGUGGUGAAUGUAUUGCAAUUAAUCGUCAUAUAAUCUUCAACAAAGAAUUUGUAUGUGUCUGUCCAACAGGCUAUAGCGGAAAGCAAUGUCAAAUAGCUGAUAGUGAACUUAGUUUAUCAUUUAACAAAGAUAUUAUUCUGCCACAAGAAAUAUUUUUUCAUUUAAUUGAAGUCAGUGGAAACGCUACACAUAAACGAUCAACAACUUUUCGAAAAAUUCUAGUUAGCGAAGAUUUAAUCAGCAGUACUUGGUCCAAACCAUUUCAUAUUGUUUUUAUUGAACUUAAUAAGACAGAACUUGAUAAACAAUACUAUUUAGUGAUGUAUCAAAAAACUUAUAUUCAAUCAAAAGUAACUAAGAAAAUAAUUAAUCCAUCAGAUAAUUGUCCACAUAUAAAUGAAUUAUUUAAAGAAAAAUUUAAUGGAACAUUUUCUCAAUGGCAUCCUAUCCGUCGUAUUAAAUAUUAUCAUUUACCAUGUCAAAAUCAAUCCUUGAAUCUUUCUUGUUUUUAUGAUACAGAUCAGUUUUGCUUAUGUUAUCAAUUCGGUCAAAAACGUUUGGCUAAUUGUUUUAAUUUUAAUCAUAGUAUGAAAUUUGAUUGCCAAGGUCAAAGUGAAUGUGAUCAUGGUCAAUGUUUUGAAGAUGACCCAGAAUGUCCAACACGAUCAAUUUGUAUGUGUGAUUUAUGCUAUUUUGGACAACGAUGUCAUCUAACUACAGAUGGAUAUGGCUUAUCGCUUGAUGUAAUCUUAGGUUAUCAAAUUUCUCCACAUGUUAGCAUUAAUCAUCAGCCAUUGAUUAUAAAAAUAAGUUUAGCAUUAACCAUUAUUUUUAUUAUCACAGGACUUAUUAAUGGUAUUCUUUCUCUAAUUACAUUUAUGAAUAAAACUCUAUGGCAAGUUGGUUGUGGUUUAUAUUUACUCACUUCAUCAACCACAACUUUAUUUAUAACAAUCAUGUUUGGAUUAAAAAUUUUCAUUCUUCUUCUUUCUCAUAUGGCAAUUAUAUCAAAUCGAUCAUUUUUAUCUGGUCAAUGUUAUUCAUUUGAUUAUAUUUUACGAAU